AUGGUGAAUGUACCAAAAACUCACCGGACAUUUUGUAGGAAGUGUGGGAAGCAUCAGGCCCACAAAGUCACACAGUACAAGAAAGGCAAGGAUACUCUGUACGCCCAGGAAAAGCUGCGUUAUGAUAGGAAACAGAGUGGUUACGGAGGGCAGACUAAGCCAAUUUUCCGGAAAAAGGCAAAAACUACAAAGAAGAUUGUGUUGAGGCUUGAGUGUCUUGAGCUCAACUGCAGAUCUAAGAGAAUGCUGGCCAUUAAGAGAUGCAAGCAUUUUGAACUGUGGGGGGGGGGGGGCAGAUAA